AUGUCAAGCAGCGGCACCAUCUGCACAGAUGUAGCAGCAACUUCUGAACAACUUUAUUACAUUCACUGCAACUUUUGCAAUAUCGUUCUUGCUGUGAGUGUACCAUGCAGCAGCUUGUUCGAUACUGUGACAGUAAGAUGUGAAAACUGCACCAAUAUGUGGCCUCUAAAUGUGGGCAUGGCUGCUACUCUUCAACAAUCCUUUUCUGGUUCAACCUCCACCUUUCAAGAUUCGUCUUCUCCCCAUAACCAACAAGGAUCCAACUACACUUCCCCUAAUUAUAGGGUUGAUUUGGGGUUUUCAUCUGACUGCAACAACAUGAUCAUGCCCACGACCCUGAUCAGGCCUCACACCCCUUCAACUAACAAUGGAAAAGAGAUCAACAAUCAUCGUUCGUUUAUUUCUUGA